AACCGUGCUGGCCCUCUCAGCCCAACCAGCCUACCUGGCCUGGAAUGCAACCAUGUGCACCGAACUGGCCGCCAAACCAACCAGGACCACCAAGCCAGCAGGGCUGGCCUGCUCCUCCAACAACUCAACCUAGCCAACCAAGCCAACCUAGUCAACCCAGCCUACCUGCCCCAGCAACCCAGCCAAGCCAGCCAAGCCAACCAAGCCAUCCCAUCCAGCCCAGCUGGCCUGCACAGCUCCCUGCCCCAACAGGGUACCUUCCCACCCAUCCAGGGUGGCCUGGGCAGCCUGGAUGGCCCGGUCAAGGCCCAACUGGAGGCCAGCAGCAGCCAUGGCCACCAGUUCCAUCUACAGGCCCUGUGUCUAUGCCCUUCAACAUGAAUUUCCCCAGAGGCAUAUAUGACAAGCUGAUGCUUACAAUAAGGGGGCAGGUUAAGCCUGAUGCUAAAAUGUUCACAGUGAAUUUCCUGCGUGGUAAUGACAUCGCCUUGCACAUCAACCCUCGCUUCAAUGAAAGGGGUAAACAGGUUCUUGUCCGCAACCACAAGCUGGGAGAAAAAUGGGGGAUUGAAGAAAGGAACCUUCUAGGACCAUUUCCAUUUGUUGCAGGACAACAUUUUGAGAUGAAGAUCCUCUGCACAAUCAAUGAAUUCAAGGUGGUGGUCAAUAACACGCCCCUCUUUGAAUUCAAGCACCGCAUCAGAGAGGUUAACCAAAUCGACCGUAUCAACAUCCUGCACGACGUCAGUCUAACUUCAGUCAACGUGGACACACUGCCCUGAGCAUCAGAUACCGCUUGCUUUACCAGCCCCUCUGCAUUUGCCUUCUGCACUGGGCUGCAAGACAAGAGUCAGAACUCCACUGUUUCCCCUGUUGUCAAUUAAUACUGUACAGUUAAACAGUUAACCUCUGAAUUUAUGUUCCAAUACAGCAAAUUUUCACUAUAGAGUUUUUUUUUUUAAAAUCGACAAAACCCUUUGCUACAGAUACUCCAACAUUCCAGAGCUUAUAACCCUAAUGCUCUCCCUGUUUCAACUGAACAUUGCUCUGGUUGAAUUUUUAUACACAUUCACCUUACAAAAUGUGUUUUUCUUCAUGUAUUUCCACAUAUAGUGUAAAAUAUUGUGAGAUUUUUUUCUCUCAGGUGAGCUAUAAUCUAUAAAAAGUUAUGUAAUUUUAUAAUAUACAAAGCACGUAUUAUCCAUGGAAAACGUUUGUGAAGUACUAAUCUUACUUAACAUGUGAAAUGACUACAAGCUGAAGUUCAAAUGAGACUUUUCAUUUCAUUAAAACUGAAUUUCUUA